AUGGGGAAGGACUUCGGGCUCCCUGCUGGAACCUCCCCACUCUUCUGCACCGCACUCACUGUGCCCGUCCAUCUCAUACUCCGUGAAGUGUCGGAAAAGCUCAACAAAUACAACUGUAACAGUCAUCCACACCUUGUUCCAUUGGAGCAGGCCAAACUUAAGCAGUGUGUGGUUGGACCAAAUCAUGCUGGAUUUCUCCUUGAGGAUGGACGUAUCUGCAGGAUAAACUUUGCCGUCCAGCCCGACCGACUGGAGCUCGGCAAGCCCGAUGGCAAUGAUGGUUCAAAGUUGAGCAGUGUCUCAGGGGCAGGAAGGAGCUCCAGGCCAGGCAGGACUAGUGAUCCGCCCUGGUUCCUGUCUGGUUCUGACACACUGGGCAGACUGGCAGGCAACACCCUUGGGAGCCGCUGGAGUUCAGGAGUAAAUGGUGGCAGCAGUGGAGGUGGAGCCAGCAGUGGUGGAGGCGCAGGAGGAGGCAGCGGGAGCGGAGGGGGCGCUGGAGGAGGCGCUGGAGGAGGAGGAUCUUCAGGCCGGUCCUCCACAGCAGCCCGUGAUUCACGCAGACAGACCCGCGUGAUCCGCACUGGCAGAGAUCGAGGCUCCGGCCUGUUGGGCAGUCAGCCACAGCCCGUAAUUCCAGCCUCUGUCAUCCCAGAGGAGCUCAUCUCUCAGGCCCAGGUGGUUCUUCAGGGAAAGUCCAGGAGUGUCAUCAUUCGAGAGCUGCAGCGCACAAACCUUGACGUGAACUUGGCUGUAAACAACCUGCUGAGCAGAGACGAUGAGGACGGCGAUGACGGAGACGACACGGCCAGCGAGUCCUAUUUACCUGGAGAAGACUUGAUGUCACUGCUAGACGCGGACAUUCACUCUGCGCACCCCAGCGUGAUCAUUGACGCGGACGCCAUGUUCUCUGAGGACAUCAGCUACUUCGGCUACCCCUCUUUCCGACGCUCUUCCUUGUCUCGUCUCGGCUCUUCACGAGAGCGAGACUCUGAAUUGCUCCGCGAGCGGGAGUCGGUCCUGAGGCUGCGCGAGAGGAGGUGGCUGGAUGGAGCCUCCUUCGAUGCGGAGCGUGGCUCCACCAGCCGUGAGGGAGAGCCCAGCCUUGACAAGAAGAGCGUGCCGCUGCAGAGCCCUGUCACUCUGGGUGAAGAGCUCCAGUGGUGGCCUGAUAAGGACUAUGUAACAAAGUUUGUCAGCAUUGGGGCUUUGUACUCUGAGAUGGUUGCCGUCAGUACCAAAGGUGAACUGUACCAGUGGAAGUGGAAUGAGCCUGAACCUUACAGAAACGCACAAAAUCCUUCUAUACAUCACCCUCGUGUCCCUUUCCUGGGCUUGACCAAUGAAAAGAUCACCCACCUGUCUGCCAACAGUAUCCGAGCCACUGUGGCCACCGAAAGUAACAAGGUGGCGACAUGGGUGGAUGAAACUCUGAGUACUGUUGCUGCUAAACUGGAACAUGGCGCACAAAUGUUCCCGGAGCUGCAGGGAGAGCGUAUCAUCUCUCUGCACUGCUGUGCCCUGUACACCUGCACCCAGCUGGAGAGCAGCCUUUACUGGUGGGGUGUUGUGCCUUUUAGUCAGCGGAAAAAGAUGCUUGAAAAGGCCAGAGCCAAGAACAAGAAGCCAAAGUCCAGUGCAGGCAUCUCUUCUAUACCCAACAUCACAGUAGGAACUCAGUGUGCUACAGAGCGUAGGCGCUCAACGCCGGCUCCAAAGGAGGAGGAGAAAGUCAAUGAAGAGCAGUGGCCUCUACGAGAGGUCGUUUUCGUGGAGGACGUUAAAAACGUCCCCGUGGGAAAGGUGCUAAAAGUCGAUGGUGCAUAUGUUGCUGUGAAAUUUCCAGGGACGUCGAGCAGCGUGAGCAGCCAGAGCGCAGCUCCCACUGACUCUGACCCCUCCUCACUGCUGCAAGACUGUCGACUGCUCAGAAUAGAUGAGCUACAGGUUGUUAAAACUGGUGGAACGCCAAAAGUUCCAGACUGUUUUCAGCGCACUCCUAAAAAACUUUGUAUCCCAGAAAAAGCUGAAAUUUUAGCUGUAAAUGUUGACUCCAAAGGAGUUCAUGCUGUGUUGAAAACAGGCAGCUGGGUACGGUACUGUAUCUUUGACUUGGCCACCGGCAAAGCCGAGCAGGAGAAUCACUUCCCCACUAGUAAUCUGGCCUUUCUGGGCCAGAAUGAGCGUAAUGUGGCCAUCUUUACUGCUGGCCAGGAGAGCCCCAUCAUUUUGAGGGAUGGUAACGGCACCAUUUAUCCCAUGGCUAAAGACUGUAUGGGUGGAAUACGCGACCCUGAUUGGCUAGACCUCCCGCCAAUUGCCAGCCUAGGCAUGGGAGUUCAUUCACUUGUCAACCUUCCCAGUAACACCACAAUCAAAAAGAAAGCAGCCAUCAUCAUCAUGGCUGUGGAGAAGCAGACGCUGAUGCAGCACGUGCUGCGUUGUGAUUACGAGGCGUGCAGGCAGUACCUGAGCAGUCUGGAGCAGGCCAUGCUUCUGGAGCAAAACCCUCACUCUCUGGACGCUCUGCUGGGUCACCGCUGUGACGGCAACCGCAACGUCCUCCACGCCUGCGUCUCCGUCUGCUUCCCUGUCAGCAACAAGGAAACCAAGGAGGAGGAAGAAGCAGAGCGGUCUGAAAGGAACACGUUCGCUGAGAGGCUGUCCGCUGUCGAGGCCAUCGCCAAUGCUAUUUCAGUGGUGUCCAGCAACAGCUCCGGGAACCGCACGGGAUCGUCCAGCAGCCGGGGCUUGCGUUUGAGGGAGAUGAUGAGACGCUCUCUCCGCGCUGCAGGUUUGGGCCGCCACGAAUCUGGCCCUUCCUCCAGCGACCACCAAGACCCUGUUUCACCCCCUAUUGCACCUCCCAGCUGGGUACCAGACCCUCCACCAAUGGAUCCUGACGGUGACAUUGAUUUCAUCUUGGCCCCUGCAGUGGGCUCCCUUACCACUGCUUCCACAGGCACCAACCAGGGACCCAGCACUUCCAUCAUCCCAGGACCUUCUUCUGAACCAUCAGUAGUGGAAUCUAAAGACCGGAAGGCCAACGCACACCUGAUACUGAAGCUGAUGUGUGACAGCGUCGUCCUGCGACCUCACUUAAGAGAGCUGCUCUCUGCCAAGGAUGCUCGUGGGAUGACUCCAUUCAUGUUGGCUGUGAGUGGGAGGGCUUACCCAGCAGCCAUUACUGUUUUAGAAGCAGCACAGAAAAUAGCCAAAGGUGAACUGGGUCUUGGAGAGAAAGAGGAUGCAGCGUCUGUGUUCAUGGAGAUGAUCUGUCCUUCAGGAACAAACCCAGAUGACUCUCCCCUCUAUGUCCUGUGCUGUAACGAUACCUGCAGCUUCACCUGGACUGGAGCUGAACACAUCAACCAGGACAUCUUUGAGUGCAGAACUUGCGGCCUGCUGGAGUCUCUGUGCUGCUGCACUGAAUGUGCCAGAGUUUGUCACAAGGGUCACGACUGCAAACUGAAGCGAACGUCUCCCACUGCAUACUGUGACUGCUGGGAGAAGUGUAAAUGCAAGACCCUCAUCGCGGGCCAGAAAGCAGCUCGUUUAGAUCUGCUCUACAGGCUGCUGACCACCACUAAUCUAGUUACCACUCCUAACAGCAGGGGAGAGCACAUCUUGCUAUUCCUGGUGCAGACUGUUGCAAGGCAGAGCGUGGAGCAUUGCCAGUAUCGACCACCUCGCAUUCGAGAGGACAGGAAUCGGAAGGCCGCCACCGCUGAAGACUCCGAUAUGCCGGAUCAUGACCUGGAGCCUCCUCGCUUCGCCCAGCUGGCUCUAGAGCGCGUGUUGCAGGACUGGAACGCGCUGAAGUCCAUGAUAAUGUUCGGCUCUCAGGAAAACAAAGACCCACUAAGUGCCAGCAGCAAAAUCGCUCACCUUUUGCCAGAAGAGCAGAUGUACCUGAACCAGCAGAGCGGCACCAUCAGACUAGACUGUUUCACACAUGGCCUCAUCGUCAAGUGUGCACCAGACAUCACUCCCAUUGGGAAGUGCAGGCGUGUUUUCCAGGCUUUGUUGCCGUACGCAGUGGAAGAGCUCUGCAAUGUGGCCGAGUCCCUGAUCGUGCCGGUGCGGAUGGGCAUCGCUCGCCCUACAGCGCCCUUCACUCUGGCCAGUACCAGCAUCGACGCUGUACAGGGCAGCGAGGAGCUCUUCUCUGUGGAGCCCCUGCCGCCACGACCCUCCCCGGAUCAGUCCAGCAGAAUAAUAAUCACAUUGCUCAUGCUCCCAUUCUCUCUCUUUUGUUUUUCCUUCAGUAACUUCAUCCCGCAGCCCAUUGGGAAGUGCAGGCGUGUUUUCCAGGCUUUGUUGCCGUACGCAGUGGAAGAGCUCUGCAAUGUGGCCGAGUCCCUGAUCGUGCCGGUGCGGAUGGGCAUCGCUCGCCCUACAGCGCCCUUCACUCUGGCCAGUACCAGCAUCGACGCUGUACAGGGCAGCGAGGAGCUCUUCUCUGUGGAGCCCCUGCCGCCACGACCCUCCCCGGAUCAGUCCAGCAGCUCCAGUCAGUCAGCCUCUUCUUACAUCAUCAGGAACCCUCAGCCCCGCCGCAGCAGCCAGUCCCAAACGGCCCGUGGCCGCGACGAGGAGCAGGAUGAUAUUGUUUCUGCUGAUGUAGAAGAGGUGGAGGUUGUGGAGGGCGUUGCAGGUGAGGAGGAUCACCAUGAUGACCAGGAGGAGCAGGGCGAGGAGAACGCAGAGGCCGAAGGGCAGCAUGAUGAGCACGAUGAAGAUGGGAGCGACAUGGAGCUGGAUUUAUUGGCUGCUGCUGAGACCGAGAGUGACAGCGAGAGUAACCAUAGCAACCAAGACAAUGCCAGUGGCCGCAGGAGCGUUGUGACCGCCGCCACCGCUGGAUCUGAAGCAGGUGCCAGCAGCGUUCCUGCUUUCUUCUCAGAGGACGACUCCCAGUCGAAUGACUCCAGUGACUCGGACAGCAGCAGCAGUCAGAGUGAUGAUGUGGAUCAGGAGACUUUCCUGUUGGACGAGCCUCUAGAGAGAACCACGGGCUCAGCGCAUGCUAACAGUGCGGCCCAGGCGCCGCGGUCCAUGCAGUGGGCUGUUCGCACGACACCCAGCCAGCGCUCCACCGGCGGCGCCCCGUCCAGCUCAUCCACACCUGCUGCGAGCUCCACGGGCCUCAUCUACAUCGAUCCUUCAAACCUGCGACGGAGCAGCGCCAUCAGCACGAGCGCAGCCGCCGCUGCCGCAGCCCUGGAGGCCAGUAACUCCAGCAGCUACCUGACAUCUGCCAGCAGCCUGGCUCGAGCCUACAGCAUCGUCAUCCGGCAGAUCUCCGACCUCAUGAGCCUCAUACCCAAAUACAACCACCUGGUCUACUCGCAGUACCCCGCUGCCGUCAAACUCACCUAUCAGGACGCCGUCAAUCUGCAGAACUUUGUGGAGGAUAAGUUAAUCCCCACCUGGAACUGGAUGGUGUCCAUCAUGGAUUCCACUGAAGCGCAGCUGCGUUACGGCUCCGCUUUGUCAUCAGCCGGGGAUCCUGGUCACCCGAGCCACCCACUGCACGCUUCACAGCACACAGGCCGCAGGGAGCGCAUGACUGCGCGAGAGGAGGCCAGUCUCCGCACCCUUGAAGGUCGAAGACGCGCCGCAACACUUUUGACGGCUCGUCAGGGGAUGAUGUCGGCUCGAGGAGACUUCCUGAACUACGCUCUGUCUUUGAUGCGUUCCCAUAAUGAUGAGCAUUCGGACGUUUUGCCUGUGCUGGAUGUGUGUUCGCUCAAACAUGUGGCGUACGUCUUCCAGGCCCUCAUCUACUGGAUUAAAGCCAUGAAUCUGCAGACAACACUCGACACCACUCAGAUUGACAGGAAGAGGAAUCGUGAGCUGCUGGAGCUCGGCCUGGACAAUGAGGACUCUGAGCACGAGAACGAUGAGGACACCAAUCAGAGCUCCACCCUGCAGGACAAGGACGAAGAGUCGGUCCCUGCUGAGACUGGACAACACCAUCCGUUUUUCCGCCGCUCUGACUCAAUGACCUUCCUGGGAUGCAUCCCUCCCAACCCUUUCGAUGUGCCCCUCGCCGAGGCCAUUCCUCUGGCUGACCAGCCGCAUCUCCUGCAGCCCAAUGCCAGAAAAGAGGACUUGUUUGGACGACCAAGUCAGGGUCUGUAUUCGUCUUCGUACAUGGCCAGUAAAGGCCUGACGGAUCUGACUGUGGACAUGAAUUGCUUGCAGAUUCUACCCACAAAGAUGUCGUAUUCGGCGAACAUGAAGAACGUGAUGAGUAUGGAGUCUCGGCAGAGGGGUGGUGAGGGGCAGCCGGCUGCGCAGCAGGAUAUGGAUGCAUCCAAACCAGGCCCUUCGCCUCACGAUCUGGCGGCCCAGUUAAAGAGCAGCCUUCUCGCAGAGAUUGGUUUGACAGAGAGCGACGGCCCGCCGCUUCCCACAUUUAUUCCACACUGUAGCUUUAUGGGGAUGGUGAUCUCUCACGACAUGCUGCUGGGCCGCUGGCGGCUUUCUCUGGAGCUGUUCGGCCGUGUCUUCAUGGAAGACGUGGGAGCAGAACCGGGAUCUAUCCUGACCGAACUGGGUGGUUUCGAGGUGAAGGAGUCCAAGUUCCGGCGUGAGAUGGAGAAGCUGAGAAACCUGCAGUCACGUGAUCUGGCCCUGGAGGUGGAUCGCGACCGAGAGCAGCUCAUCCAGCAGACCAUGCGCCAGAUCAACGCUCACUUCGGCCGCCGCUGCACCACUACACCUAUGGCGGUGCACCGCGUGAAAGUGACUUUCAAGGAUGAACCUGGAGAGGGCAGCGGAGUGGCACGGAGCUUUUACACGGCAAUCGCACAGGCCUUCCUCUCCAAUGACAAGCUGCCCAAUCUGGACUGCGUACAGAGUGUUAGCAAGGGAAUGCAGGCUAGCAAUCUUAUGCAGCGGCUGAGGAACCGAGACCGAGAGCGUGAGAGGAGGAGCGGAGGACUGAGAGCUGCAUCCAGACGAGACCGUGACAGGGAUUCGAGGAGACAGCUGUCGAUCGACACACGGCCGUUCAGACCUGCAUCAGAAGGGAACCCGAGUGAUGAACCGGAGCCGCUGCCAGCUCACAGACAAGCUCUAGGAGAGAGACUGUACCCACGAGUGCACGCCAUGCAGCCGGCAUUUGCCAGUAAAAUAACUGAUAGUGAUUUCCCCCCCCUCAAAUUAAUAUUAUAUAUUAAGGAUGAUAUUGGAUUUUAG